GGAUCAUCGUCUACACCGUCGUUUUCAGGGCUGUAUACGCAACGCCAUGGCCAGUAAAGAAGCCCAGACGCAAGCUCAGGCGCAGGCAGCUGCAGCGGAGGCCGCAAGGAAGUUGGAGGAAUACAUAGAGAAGAUCCACUACUCUGAUCGAUACUCAGACGACGAGUACGAAUAUCGUCAUGUCAUUUUGCCGAAGCCGCUCUUCAAGAUGAUCCCGAAGCAGCUCUUCAAUUCGGACAAGAGCGGCACGCUGCGGCUACUGAGCGAGCAGGAGUGGCGCGGGAUUGGGAUUACGCAGAGCUUGGGCUGGGAGCAUUAUGAGGUCCACGCACCCGAGCCACACGUUCUUCUGUUCCGUCGGCGUAGAGACUUCGUCCCUCCGCCACAGCAACCGCAGAUGCUGAAUAAUAAGAUGGGGUUGAAGAUGGCCAGAAAGAAGUAACGGUCUCAUUUUACUCGAUUGGAUCUCGGAAUUGUUCGUCGUCUUGUCACUCCGCCAACUUUGAAUUUCCUUAUUUCCCGUCGUCACCUCAGUGGAUUAAUAAUCACCCUUGCUCUCUUCAUGUAACCCUAGUGUUCCAGCCUGUCGUGCCUCGUGUUGUUUCUGUAGUGCUAUGCAUCAGCUCGUCGUCCCGA